UCUUCCCACGGCCACCCACCACCCGCGUACAUUGUUUCUCACCAAGCCCCGCGUGGCACGAAUUGACUGCGCACGCCCAUUUGACAGAUGAGAAAACAGACCCAGCGGAGGCAGCCCUUGGUGCGCUAGUGACAAAACCUGCUGGCCCUGAUCAAGGCCAUUUGCACCUCGAGGCUGUCAUAUUCAUUGUCAUAUUCAUUGUCCCUAAACUCACCACGCACCGUCAACCUCGUUCUCGGGCCUCGGUUUCCUCACCUGUGAAAUAAGGGGUUGAACUAAGAAUGGCUGAAUCUCUUCUCUUCUCCCGGUGGUUGGUGGGGAAUCUUUCCUGGUUAUUUAAUGAGAUUCCUUGGGAGAGGGUCUUAAGACAAUUGCAUUCUUGUAGAAAGAAGUUUCCUUAGUCAUCUGUAAGGAAGUUGGAGAGUCUCUGCAGUUGGGAAGGGGUGACGGAGAGGUCAUUAAGUCCUUGAUUCUGAGGCAGCUUCUAGGGUUUUCCUAUUCAAAGUAUUCAUCAUGCCAGAGCACCAAACUUUUGGGGUAUCAUUUUUGAGCCCCGACAAUAGGAAAACACAUACCUCAACCUGGUGGUCUCGCCCCUUCCCGCUGGCCAAGCCAGGCCCUCCACUUUGCUCCCCGCCAUCACCCAGUGGGGUCUGAAGGCUGGUCCUCCACACAAGCCUUCCUGGUGGGCGGGGUGGGGGGUGCGGGAUACAGGAUGGGAAGAAGCCAAGGGGUGCGGGGCAGAAAGAGGAGACCUCAGGUGUGGGAGGGUGAGGGGUCCCACUCAGGCUUUGGACCCCGCGCCGGCCCUAUGGAGCCCGGCCCUGGGCACAGUCAUCCAAUGGGGGGCUUUGAGGGGAAAUUUUUGGGAAAGGCUUGCGGUGGGAGGGACUGUGACCUCUUCUAGGCUUGUGAGUGACUCUGCCCUGCGGGGUGGGGAGGGGAGGUCCCAGGCUGGAUGGCAGGGAGGUGGGCAGCAUGCGUUUCAGGCUGGUGCCACCACCAGGCUGGCAGCAGAGAGGCUGGAGCGAUGAGGUUGUGGCAAAAGACACAGGCUGUAAGUGGCUGCAGUGACCGUUCAGGUGGGAGAGGGGACAAAGGGCAUGAAAGCCAGGAGUGGGAUUUGGCCGUGGCCCCUUGCUAGGUCCGUGAGCUGGGGAAGCUGAAGCCGGACCCAUGAAGGAAAAGAAGCCAGGCUGUCUGUAGAGUCUGUAGAUUCCCUCCUGCCACCAGCCCCGAGGCCUGCAUUUCCACCACCUUUGCACCAUUGCUUGAAAAACGCAAACCCUCAGAGAUACGCAGGUGAGGACUCAUAUUAGAUCUGCCAGCUGUCACCUCUCCCAGCUCACCUUAGUGAAAGCUAGACCUCAGGCAGUGGAAGGGUCUUCCUGGGCAUGGGAGCUCAACGGUUGGGUGGGGCAGCGGCUUGCUGCCAUCCCUGCUGGCCUGUCUAAGGGUCUUACAGUUGAUCACGUGCAGGUAAAGGGGGCUCUGUCAGGGCUGGUGCACCAGCUCUGCAGCCUCCAAGCCAGGGCCAGGGCCAGGCACAUAGACUUCUGUAAAUGGGCUUGGCUGUGUCAGGGCCCAUCCCCCUGGCCCUCCUGUCUCCCUGCCUGCCUCCCUUAUGCUCCCUUAUGCCCUUCCCGGCCUUGCCUGGGAGGCCCGCCUGGGGCUUGCCAUGCUUGCCAGCUGGGCCCCGGGCCCCUGACCAGUUCAGGCAGCAGCCAGAGUUAGAGCAGAAGGAACCCCAGGGCUGUCGCAGUCAGCUGCCUGGAGGGCACGGGCCCUCUUUGGGUCUCCAUUUGAGCAAACUAAGAGCCUGGUUUUGAGAGCAUUGAGUCAACUGGAGCAUGAAGUGUGUCUUAAUUAUGCCAGAAAAGCCUUUUUAGUGUGGCUUGGUGUGAAGGGUAGGAGCCUCUGCCCAGGGACCUUCCUCUGCCACCCAGGGGCAUUCCUUGUAGCUGGAGCCUUCCCCCUCCCAAGUUCCCAACCUUGCUGUUUCUCCUAGGGCUCUGCUGGGCUCUGCCUCCCUGCUCUCUGCAGCCAGGAGCCUCCUGGAACACAAGAUUCAUCCAACCUGCCCCGCCUGCAGCCUUCCAUGGACUGCGGCCCUCCCCCGGUGGACCCUUAGGCUGUAGAGCCUCGGCCUCUGGGUAGGAUGCCUUUGGAGCCCACCACUUGCUCCAGGUCACUUGUCCCCCAGCCUGGGUGCGGAUUCCUGGUGUUUCUCCGGUACCAGUGUUACUAUGGGUAUCCGCCGCUGACCUACCUGGAGUACCCCAUCCUCAUCGCGCAAGAUGUCAUCCUUCUGCUCUGUAUCUUUCAUUUUAGCGGGAACGUGAAGCAGGCCACUCCUUACAUCGCUGUAUUGGUGUCUUCUUGGUUCGUCCUUGCCCUGCAGAAGUGGAUCAUAGACCUGGCCAUGAAUCUAUGUACUUUCAUCAGCGCAGCCAGUAAGUUUGCACAGCUCCAGUGUCUGUGGAAGACGAGAGACUCAGGAACUGUGAGUGCGCUGACUUGGAGCCUCUCUUCCUAUACCUGUGCAACAAGAAUAAUCACAACCUUAAUGACCACCAAUGAUUUUACAAUUCUUCUACGUUUUGUGAUCAUGCUGGCUUUAAAUAUAUGGGUAACAGUGACAGUACUUCGCUACCGGAAGACCGCUAUAAAGGCUGAAUGAUGGAUACAUUAUUCCUUCACACAGGGGAUUCUGAGCAACGGAACCAAAGGAAAAAGAAGCUCUUUGCUAAAUUAAGGUCUUUUAAAAUUUAGUAAAUCAGUUUAUAAUCUUUGAAGCCAAAGGCUUUUUUAGACUUGAAAGAGCCACUGAAAUACUUGUUUAAAAAUACCAAUUUUCCUCCUCCUUCCUCACUUCAUUAGGUUAUGGUACUGCUCAGACAUCUGCAGUGUUGAGAAGGCAGUGACUGUUGGAAGUCAUCCAAGAAGCCCAUUUUGAGGCCAUUUUGACCCUUACUCUUAAGUUCUCUAUGAAGAACGACAUCGAUUUGUUGGCUUUCAGAAUCUUUUUAGGAAAUAAAUCCUCUCCAUGACAAAAAUGAACAUGAAUGGAGUGGCAUUUUGUUCCAAGUCAGAGGUGGGCACCUAUAAUAAAUGACUAGGGUUCACUUUCUGGGACUGAUGUUUAAUUGUAACAUAGAUGCAACAGGGUGGCCUUGUUGUAUAUAAUACAGUAUUACACCUGCAUGUGCUCUAGCAAGGAUACCAAGGCAAGCAUACAUGUAACUGGCUUGAGUUUGUACCAAAACAGUCCUUCAACUUUGCACUGUGCCUUAAGUAAUUACUAACAAAAGGUACUACGAUCAGCUGCAAUCUCUACUUUCGAUGAGGAAAUCCCAGUAAGCUUUCUGAUUCAAGUACAAUGAUGCCAUUUUUUUAAAGGGCCACAACUAUAGAAUUACCACUGUUGGAAUUUGGUACAAAAUAUGUUUUGUCUAUUGAAAACACACACGGUAAAGGGUGUUGUUAGGUAGGUUCUGUCCAGUUCUUACGGAUUUUUUUUCACAUUAUAGUAUUUUUACCCUAAACUUGAUGUUGAGAUUAUUAUAUACUGUAUUUUCUUCUAAAUUAACCCUAAUGUUUAAAACUCACUUUCCCCCUUUAAUUGAAGGCAUUGUUUUAUUAUAUGCAGUAAUGAUGUUUACCAGAGAUUAUUGUUUCCUAUGCAAAAUAAAUUUUCAUAUUUUGAA